GAUACUAUUUUUUUUUUCAAUGAAGAUUCUCACGUACUCAAUCACUCCAAUUCCGUUCUCAAUACUUGUCUAAGCGGGAGCGAUACGUUGGCGGGAGAUUUCCAAUCUCUCUCACUCCCUCUCUCUCUCUCUAAAAAUUAGGGAAACGUUCUGGUUGCGAAGAUCUCUCUCUCCCCCCUAUAUUUUUCUGAGCACACCAUCUAGUUACUGGAACAGUAGGUCAUGGAGGACACACCCAUAGCUUCAGAAACAGCGAAUCGUCGCCCGAAAAGAACUAGGGCUCAGACUACCGCGGCGGCCGCUGCUGAUCGAACAACCAAGGCGAGCGGCAGAGAUAAUCCCGACGAGACCAGCGACCGGAGCGAUCAGAGCCCUAAUCAAGCGGAACUAGACGAUUCUUUCGAUGAUUUCGAGGGGCCUCGUUCGAGAUCGAAGCGGAAGCGGGCAUCAGAAGGGGCUUCGGCCGCAGCACCCACUGAGAGUCAUAGCUUGAUUGAGGUUAUUAAAGGGAAUGGGAAACUUAUUCCUCAAGUGGUCAAGCUAUGGGUUGAACAAUAUGAGAAGGAUUCAAAACCUGCAAUGGUUGAAUUGUUAAUGAUGCUUUUUGAGGCGUGUGGAGCAAAGUAUCAUAUUCGCGAAGAGUUCCUGGAUGAGACUGAUGUCGAUGAUGUAGUAGUUGCUCUUGUCAAUCUUGCUAAGAAAGGUGAAGUUGAAGAUUAUCAAAGUUCAAAAAAGAAGGAGUUCAAGAAUUUCAAAGAUAAUCUCACUUCUUUUUGGGACAAUUUGGUCAUUGAGUGUCAGAAUGGACCGUUGUUUGAUCAGGUCUUGUUUGACAAAUGCAUGGAUUAUGUAAUUGCACUUUCAUGUACUCCUCCGAGGAUUUUCCGCCACGUUGCUUCAUUGGUGGGCCUUCAGCUCGUCACAUCCUUGAUAAAUGUUGCUAAAAUGCUUGGUGCGCAAAGGGAAACUACUCAGAGACAGUUGAAUGCUGAACAGAAGAAACAUAUCAAUGGUCCACGUGUAGAAUCACUGAAUAAAAGGCUAUCAACGACUCAUGAAAAGAUAACGGUGAUAGAUACAAUGAUGCGGAAAAUAUUUACCGGGUUAUUUGUACAUCGCUACCGUGAUAUUGAUCCUGAUAUUCGGAUGUCAUGCAUACAAUCACUUGGAGUGUGGAUUAUUUCAUACCCAUCGCUGUUCUUGCAGGAUUUGUACUUGAAGUACCUCGGAUGGACGUUGAAUGACAAGAACGCUGGUGUAAGGAAAGCUUCCGUCCUUGCAUUGCAAAAUCUUUACGAGGUGGAUGAUAAUGUGCCAUCUCUUGGACUUUUUACGGAAAGAUUUUCUAACCGGAUGAUUGAGCUUGCUGAUGACAUUGAUAUUUCAGUUGCUGUAUGUGGCAUAGGACUUGUAAAACAACUACUGAGGCAUCACCUUCUGAAUGAUGAUGACUUAGGUUCUCUGUAUGAUCUACUAAUUGAUGAACCGCCAGAGAUUAGGCGUGCCAUUGGUUCACUAGUGUAUGAGCACCUGAUUGCACGGAAAUCUAAUAGCUCUCAAUUGCAUUCAAGAGGCGAUGACGAUGAUUCUUCUGCGGUACAUCUUGGUAGAAUGUUGCAAAUACUAAGAGAGUUUUCGACAGAUCAAAUUUUAAGUACCUACGUCAUUGAUGAUGUUUGGGAGUACAUGGAUGCCAUGAAGGAUUGGAAGUGUAUUUUGUCUAUGCUCCUGGAUGAGAACCCCAUGAUUGAGCUCACUGAUGAGGAUGCGACAAACUUGAUUCGACUUCUCUCUGCAUCUGUCAAAAAGGCUGUGGGAGAAAGAAUAGUUCCUGCUACUGAUAACCGAAAGCAGUACUACAGUAAAGCCCAAAGGGAAAUGAUGGAAAACAGUAGGCGGGAUGUGACUAUCUCCAUGAUGAAGCGCUACCCGCAGCUUCUACGCAAAUUCAUGGCUGACAAGGGGAAGAUAGCACCACUGGUUGAUAUUAUUACUCAUAUGAACCUCGAACUUUAUUCUCUGAAGAGACAGGAGCAGCAUUUUAAGACCGUACUUCAGCUCGUGAAAGAGGCGUUCUGUAAACAUGGUGAAAAGGAUAUUCUGAGGGGUUGCGUGAAGGCUAUAAAUUUCUGUAACACUGAGAGUCGAGGUGAGUUACAAGAUUUUGCUCAAAAUAAGUUGAAGGAGCUUGAGGAUGAGCUUAUUGCUAAGCUAAAGUCUGCAAUGAGAGAAGUAGCGAGUGGUGACGAUGAAUACUCGCUUCUUGUAACUUUGAAAAGGUUAUAUGAGCUUCAAUUGUCCAGAUCUGUUCCCAUCGAAAGCUUGUAUGAAGAAAUAGGUGGUUUUCUUCACAGAUUAAGUAACCUGGACAAUGAGGUUGUCAACUUCCUGCUUCUCAACAUGUAUUUGCAUGUUGCCUGGUGCCUUCACUCUAUCAUAAACAGUGGAACAGUCUCUGAGGCAUCUUUAUCUUCCUUAACAGCAAAACGCAAUUCCUUGUUUGAGCAUCUUGAGAAAUACUACCUGGUUACCCUUCCUGAAGAUCAGGGAGAGGGUAAAGGUGGAAAUCAGCUAGCGUGCAGGGUUUGUACUAUACUUGCAGAGAUGUGGUGUUUAUUCAGACAAACAAAUUUUGCUUCAACAAAGCUGGAAUGUUUGGGAUAUAGCCCGGAUGAGUCUACCCUCCAGAAGUUUUGGAAACUUUGUGAACAGCAGCUCAAUAUUUCAGAUGAAACAGAGGAUGAAGAGGUCGAGAAAGAGUAUGUUGAGGAGACUAACCGGGAUGCAAUCAUGAUUGCUGCUGCCAAGUUAAUUGCGACUGAUGCAGUUCCUAAGGAGUAUCUUGGCCCAGAAAUCAUUUCUCAUUUUGCGAUGCAUGGAACAAGUGUGGCUGAGAUUGUGAAGCAUCUCAUAGCUGUUUUAAAGAAAAGGGAUGAUGACAUGUCCAACCUCUUUCUUGAAGCAUUGAAACGGGCCUACCAUCGGCACAAAGUGGUAGCUUUAGAAAGCAAUGAUGACACCCUGGCUGGCAAGUCUUUUCAAGAAUGUAAAGAUCUGGCUGCACGGCUUUCUGGAACGUUUGUGGGUGCUGCUAGAAACAAGCAUGUAUCAGACAUCUUGAAAAUUGUCAAGGAUGGUAUCGCAUAUGCUUUCAUUGAUGCUCCAAAGCAGGUUUCUUUUUUGGAUGGUGCCGUGGUCCAUUUUGUUUCCAAACUUCCUACACCUGAUAUCUUGGAAAUUCUGAAGGAUGUCCAAAAACGAACGGAGAAUGUAAACACAGAGGUCGAUCCAAGUGGAUGGCGCCCAUAUUACACUUUUGUAGACGGCUUGAAUGACAAGUAUGCCAAAAAUGAAGGUUUCCAAGUUGCAGAGGAAAAAGAAGGAAUGACAGUAAGACGCCGAGGUCGUCCACGUAAGAGCCGCAAUAUACAGGGAAAGAAACUCUUCAACGAACAGAGUUCAAGCGAAGAGGAAGAUUCAAUCAGUGUUUCUGACAAAGAUGCUCAAGAUGAAGAACAGCAGGAAGAGGAUGACGAGGAGGCACCUUUGAUACAUUCAAUUAGGUCAUCAUCCAAACUUCGUUCAUUGAGAGUUUCAAGAGAGAAAAAUAAAGGGCAGAAAAGGGCUGGAGAUUUUGGGCAAGCUACUGAGAAUGCGGCUGCUUCUAGAACAUCAGGGCCUUCCAGCUAGCCACUCUGUAGUUCAAUAUGCACAAUUGAUGGCAAGGUGGGAGGUUGUCAUGAAAAUGCCAUUUGCAAUGUCGGUGCAAGUGCAACUAUCUGGGUUGGAACAUUGGGAUACAUCAGGUGUUCAAGGGUCGUUUUUUUUUCCUCCGUAGAAGUCAAGAAAUGGUGCAUGUACGUUUUGGUGAAAUCCAAGUACACUUCGAAGUAGAGCGCUGAACCGUAGAGCAGCAUGUACAGUUGCUUUUGUGUUUUCUUGUAUGUUGAGUUGAAUUAUACCUCUUAAUUACUGUAUAAGCAAUUUGGAGCCACACUACUUUUUUGGUAUCACCACAUUUUGCGUUGUAAAGUCUGAAGUCACUUCAAUGGUCUGACAGCGUCCUUCAAUGUCAAGGUAGCCUUCGAACA